UGACAGUUCAUUUGUGUUGAUAAACUAGAUAUUUUGAAAUUGGUUUAUUUAAUUCUAAAUAAUAGUGUUGUAUUCUGGUCCUUAUUUAUUGUAAUUGAAGUACAAUAGAGUUUUUGGUCAAAGAAUAAUGGAAUCGGACAUAGUAGAAAAUUCGGAGAUAGAUAAAGACACCGUUUCACCAGAAGAUCUAGAGACCCUGUUCAGUAAAAAAUACAAAUUGCUGGCUGAAACUGCAGUUACACUAAAGAAAACAUAUAUAAAUAAAUUAAGCGUUUCAAAGUCACUAAAUAUUGCAGUUCAACUGCUAGACAACAGUAUAGAAGUAUACAGACUAGACAAAUCUUCCCUCUCAAAAGUUUGUCGGCUCAGUGGACAUACAAAGACACUUACAGAAUUGGUGUUUAGUAAUAAAGAGGAACACUUGCUGUAUUCAGCUGGACAUGAUGGUGUCAAGCUAUGGGAUAUUAGGACCAGUGGAUUGUGUGUGCAAGAAUAUAAAGAUGAGCAACCAUCACACCCUCGUUCAUAUGAAUGCAUGGACGUAUCAUGUUCUGGUCGAGUGAUAUGUGCCGGCACUGAGACAGUACAAAAUGAUGCUUACAUGGUGUUUUGGGAUCAGCGCAAGCCUGAGCCCCUUGGGGGAUACUGGAAUUCACAUACUGAAGAUAUCACACAGGUAAAAUUCCACAAAGACAAAUCAGAGACUCUGGCAUCUGGUUCUAUAGAUGGCAUCAUCAACAUAUACAACAUAGAGGAACCCACUGAAGAUGAAGCGUUGAUAUUCUCCCUGAAUGUUGAUCACGCUGUAGAAAAGAUUACUUGGUUGAACGAAAACCAGCUCUCCUGCGCCACACAGUCCAAUGUCUUACAGAUAUGGGAUACUAGUUCUGCAGAUAAGUUGCAGCAUUAUGAUAGGGAAAAGAUUUCACGGAGCAUUAAGCGGAGCCGAGCCGACGACUGCUACGUGGUGGACGCGUUCACGGCCGCUGACGGGCGCGUGGUGGUGCUGGCGGGCUCCGCGGGGGGCGAAGGCCACGCGCUGCGGUCGCUGGCGCUGGCGGGCAAGAAGUUACAGCCCGCCACGCUCUUCGCCGAGAACAAGCAGCUGGUCAGGUGUUGCGCCUAUGACAAACAACGGGACGUGCUGGUGACGACGGGCGAGUCCGGCCUCGUGCACGCGUGGGGCGCGCCGGGCGCCGACGAAGAAGCCCUCCCCAAGCUGCUCGGCAGGAGUGCGCGCUUACACGAGCAACGCCACCGACCCUACUGAUGCGCGACUGGCGGGUGUUAACAGGAUAUCGGCUACCGUGACACUAGAGUAGGCAGGAUGACCGAAACAAACAAUCGCUAUAAAAAUGUAUUGAUCUAAUGAUGUAUGAUUCAUCCAUUAAAAAAAACCUAUUUUUAUUUAUAUUUAUUGUGAGAUUGUUUUUAUUUUCAAUAAAUAACACUGCUAGCGAGCCGCCAUGACAGAUGAAACGCGGAAUGACGUCACGUCUAUGCAAAAGACGCACCGAUCGUACAGCAAGUAUUUUGUAAUUACAAACUACCAGUUUAGUAUUCAGUUGCAAAUUUGUUUCAUAUUUUUUCUUUAUACCUACGAAUACGGUUGAUUUUUUUUAGAAACAAAGAGUAUUCCUUCGGCCUAGGUACCUACCAGCUCUUGUAUGCCUGUUAUGAAAUCGAAUCUACGGUCACAGAGGCUCUACCCCAAAAGGUGACAAGAGGGUAUUUGACUGUAUUAAAAAUAUGACUCGAGCUGGUAUUUCACCAGCACAAGACCUUAAAAGAUUAUUUUCAACAUUAUUUCAUUUCACAAAAGUAUUAAUUUUCUAAAAAUGAAUUUCUUGAGACAAGGUCAUGUAAUUGAUUGGGUCAAUCUCGGUUUAUAGUCUUGUGACGUAAUGAGAUUAAACAACGUGUGUGAUUCUUGGAAGUACUGCAAGCAUUUUUAGAACAUUCUGAGACUUUCGAAAAUAGUUUAUAGUUUUUAAACCAUUGUAUAGUCCAAUAAACCUUUUGGAAACAAAUUUUAAUAAGCGAUACUGUAAUUUACUAUCAAUUUUUAUAUUUUUAGACUUGUGACGCCGUUGUAGUCACAUGACCCCAAAGCAGUGUUCUGGUUCA